GCUCGGUCCUCUGGACGAAAGUCUCCGUCCGAUCCAGCGAUCUUCCUUUGAUCCGAAGGAGUGUAUUCCCGGUUGCUCCCUUCCGACGCUGCUCCAUUCCUGAUACUCCUCCAACCUCAGGCUGUUUACAGCUCAGUCAGUGCACUGAAAAGAACGAGUGAUCGGAGAACUUCCGGAAUUUGACUGGAUGUGGUUGUGAUUCCGAAAUACCCGUGGGCUCACCGCUGGAACCAAGAUGAAGCUUACUUGGGCUGGUCAAGCGGAAAUCCUCCGAGCUGCUGAAAAAGAUCAACAACACAUCGCGUCCAACACCAAGGAUCUGCUCGGAGGACUGAGCAAUGUAUUCGGACCGCGGAGUAUCAUGCCUUACCACCAGAAGAUAACCAGUGGAUGUACAUUGGCGUACUACGCGCUGUCUACAGUGUUCGAUUUCCAAACACUCGGGGAGCAGUUCGUUCAUAUCGUGAGGUGCACGCCCGAGGGAACGCCGGUUUCCUUCCUCCGACGGCUGCUGCUCUUGGCGGAGCACAUACCCUGGAAAGUCAGUGACCCAGACAUCCAAGACCUCCUAUCCAUCGCGACGAGAUUACACUUGAUACAUUUCUAUCUGUUCGGGGAGUACUCAUCCAUCAGCCGGCGCCUGGCCCGGAGCCGGUACGCUCUGUUCAGGAACUUUCUCGAUAUGUCCCACCUCAGCUGGAUUUUCAAAGCGAUUGCGUACAUGUACAUUGCGAAGAUGAUCAAGGAAAUACUGCAGAAGGCGGCGGAGAAGAAAAGCAUCAGGAGCGAGCUCACUAAAGAAGGUGACAAAUCGCAGUUGAUCUGCGCCAUGUGCAAUGACUUCGCGAUAAACUGUACAAUAACGAGAUGCGGGCAUGUAUUCUGCUGGGAUUGUAUUGCGAGAUGGGCUCAUAUGAACAGAUCCUGCGCUUCUUGUAGAGAAAUCGUGGAGCCGGAGCAAUUGACUAGGAUUUGGAAUAGAUAGAGAUGUUC